CCCAGUAAGAGCCGCACUGGGAGGGAAAGCGCUCCCGGUUCCCCCCAGUGCUCCCAGUAAGAGCCGCACUGGGAGGGAAAGCGCUCCCGGUUCCCCCCAGUGCUCCCAGUAAGAGCCGCACUGGGAGGGAAAGCGCUCCCGGUUCCCUCCAGUGCUCCCAGUAAGAGCCGCACUGGGAGGGAAAGCGCUCCCAGUUCCUUCCCGGUGCUCCCAGUAAGAGCCGCACUGGGAGGGAAAGCGCUCCCAGUUCCUUCCCGGUGCUCCCAGUAUCGCUCCCAGUGCCGCGCGAGGCGGGGCCGCAUUGGGAGACGCCCCAGGGCAGAGCUCGGCUGCUUUUGGGUGUCGGCAGCUGCCGGGGCCGGCCUGGGAGAGGAGGAGGAGCGGGAGGAAGAGGAGGAGCAGGAAGAGGAGGAAGGGAAGCAGCGGGAGGAAGAGGAGCAGCAGAACCACGCGGUUUCCCCGCCCGCCCGCAGCUUCCCCGGCUCCAGCAGCAUCACCUGACGCCCCCCCGGAACCCGCAGGAUGUCCCAUUCCCAAACCUUGGCCCGAUGGAGGUGGAGGCAGCUGUGAGGAAGAGGAAGAUGUCCCGGGAGCCCCAGAGCUGAGGAUGGAGACACGGGGGGACAAAUCCCUGCAGCAGAACCUCAUGGAAGAGGCCGUUUUGAGCAGCUCCAUGGCGCAGGAAUCCAACGGGGAGGAAAAUCCCCAGAAAUCCCUCACAAGGAGGGGCUGCAAACGCAGAUCACAGGGAUCUGAGGGGUUAAGAGCCACCUUGGGCCGGAGAGGCGACUGGAGCUCAGAGCUGGGGGUCCAUGAGAAGCUUCACAAUGGAGAGAAGUCCUACAAGUGCUCAAAAUGUGGGAAGAGCUUAAGCCAGAGAUCCUCUCUGAUCCGCCACUUGAGAAUCCACACCGGGGAGAGGCCCUAUGAGUGUGAGAAAUGCAGGAAGAGAUUUCAUUACAGAUCCACUCUCCUCAGGCAUCAGCAGACUCACACAGAGGAGAGACCCUUCUGCUGCCCUGACUGUGGGAAGGGCUUCAAGCUCAACUCCGCCCUUGUCACCCACCGGCGCAUCCACACCAGGGAGAGGCCCUACGAGUGUGGGGAGUGUGGGAUGAGCUUCACCCAGAGCUCCACCCUGACUGCCCACCAGAGGAGACACACAGGGGAACGGCCCUAUGAGUGUGCUGAGUGUGAGAGGUGCUUCAGGACGAGCUCUGAACUGACUGUCCACCAGAGGAUCCACACGGGGGAACGGCCCUACGAGUGUGGGCAGUGUAAGAAGAGCUUCAGACGGAGGUGCCACCUGUUCCGCCACAUGGGAGUGCACACAGGGGAACGGCCCUAUGAGUGUGGGGAGUGUGGGAAGAGCUUCAGGACGAGCUCUGAACUGAUUGUUCACCAGAGGAGCCACACAGGAGAGCGGCCUUACGAGUGUGAUAAAUGCAGGAAGAGGUUUCACACCACUUCCCAUCUCCUCCUGCACCAGCGGAUUCACACAGAGGAGAGGCCCUUCCGCUGCCCUGACUGCAGGAAGGGCUUCAGGCAAAACUCUGACCUUAUCAAGCACCGGCGCAUCCACACCGGGGAGAGGCCCUACGAGUGUCCUGAGUGUGGGAAGAGCUUCUCACAGAGCUCUAGCUUGACCCAACACCAACAGAGGCUCCACAAAGGUAGCCCUGCAAGUGCCCCAAAUGCAGGAAGAGCUCCAUGCACUGCUCCAGCUCCAUCCCCCGUGGGAGGAUGUGCGCUGGAUGAUCCUCAGGAGAUCCAGAGCUGGGCUGGCUUCCAGGAGACACCAGUGGCCCCAGGGCUCAGGCUGUCCCACUGGGAGGGCUUCAGGAGCCACUGCAACCCUGCAGUCCCUUUGAGGGGUGAGCCCUCGGUGUCACCAGUGUGUCCCCAGCAGGAGAAGCGACAUCACCUCCUGGAGGAGGAGGAGGAGGAGGAGUGCCGCGCGGGGCGGGGCCGCUUUGGGAACCGCUCCGCCCAGGGCACAGCGCGGCUGCUUUUGAGUGUCGGCACCUGCCCGGGCCGGCCUGGGAGAGGAGGAGGAGGAGGAGGAGCGGGAGGAAGAGGAGUGACAGAGGAGGACGAGGAAGAGCAGGAACAGGAGAAAGAGGAGCACCUGCAGCAGAACCCAGCGGUUCCCCGGCCCGCAGCUCUCCCGGCUCCGGCAGCAUCGCCCCCCGCCGGAACACGAUGGACCCCAAAGCUGAGCCUCAAAUGCCCCUGGAGGGUUCUUGGAGGGUCCCAUGUGGCAGCCGCCCGGUACCGGUGGGCAGAAGGGGAGAUCGAGUUGGGGAAUCGCCGGGAGAUGUCCGGACUGAGGAUGGAGACCAGGGAGGACAAAUCCCUGCAGCAGAACCUGGUGGAAGAGGCUGAUUUGAGAGGCUCCACGGCACAGGAAUCCAACAGGGAGGAAAAGCCCCAGAGAUCCUGCUUGAUGAGGGCCUGCAAACGCAGACCACAGACAUCCGAGGAGGAAAGACCCACCCGGGGCCAGAGAUGUGGCCAGAGCUCAGAGCUGGGAGUCCAUGAGCAGCUUCAUGGCAGGGAGAAGCCCUACAAGUGCUCGAAAUGUGGGAAGAGCUUUGGCCAGAGAUACUCUCUGAUCCGCCACUGGAAAAUCCACACAGGGGAACGGCCCUAUGAGUGUGGGGAGUGUGGGAAGAGCUUCUGCGAGCACUCCAAGCUGGUUGUCCACCAGAGGAUCCACACCGGGGAGAGGCCCUAUGAGUGUGAUAAAUGCAGGAAGAGGUUUCAGAUCAGCUCCACUCUCGUCAGGCAUCAGCGGAUUCACACGGAUGAGAGGCCCUUCCGCUGCCUCGACUGUGGGAAAAGCUUCAACCGCAAUUGCACCCUCACCAAGCACCGGCGCAUCCACACCGGGGAGAGGCCCUACGAGUGUCCCCAGUGUGGGAAGAAAUUCUCACAGAGCUCUAACCUGGCCCAACACCAACAGAGGUUCCACAAAGGUAGCCCUGCAAGUGCCCCAAAUGCAGGAAGAGCUCCAUGCACUGCUCCAGCUCCAUCCUCUGUGGGUGGAUAUGCACUGGAUGAUCCCCAGUGAUGCCUGAUGGGCAGAGCCCUGUGAUCUGUGUUGGGAAGAUACAGCUGGGGGACUCCACCUCCUCCUGGCUCCCCGUGGACACCUGGACACAUCCACAGACCAACAUCAGAAAUCCAUCGUGGACAACAGAAUUGUUGACUUCUGACCCCAGAAAAAUCUCACUUUUUGCAUCUUCUGGUGGCAUCAAGCAACACUGGAUGGCCUUGGAGGUCUUUUCCAACAUAAAUCCAUUGUUUUAAUUCUCUCUGGCCCACAGGCAUCUUCCACAGCUAAAUGGGGAUGGACUGGGGCAAAACCAAUGUUUCUGGAGACAGUGGAGUGGAAAUCCCUCCAAAAAAGUUUCUUCUCACCCACUCAAGCACAUGGAUGCUGUGCUGGCAGGGACACAUAAAUCCUUUUGUUUUGGCCUUGAUUUUCUUUUCUUUUCCAUUCAUCCCUUUGAAACCCCCGAAACUGGGGAAAAAUAAAGACAUUGAACCAAAGCAUGGAUGGGGACAUGUUGGGGACAAUGACAUGGGUGGGUGGGGACAAGGAAAUAGAUGGGGACAUGGGGGACACAGACUUGGAGAGUGACAUGGGGGUGAUGUGUAAAGUCUUAGCUUACAUAUUAUUCAGAUUCUGUACUGCCUUGGUGUGUAACUAUGAACUUCAUAUUAAGUGUUAGUAAGUUCUCUUCACAGGGUAGUUAGACAAAACAGUCCUUUUCCAGCUUGAGAAGCAAGGACAACCAUUACAGCCUCAGGCCCAAAAAGCAUAAACAAUGGUGAAUUGAAGAGAGCAAGCAAGGAGGAUGGGACUUCAUAACCUGAAGCUGUAAUUGGACAAUUAACCUAAAUACAUAAAUGUAUCAAAACUUAGAAAAGUGUGAAAACUUGUGACUGGUAGUCCAUCUUGUGUCUAUCUUGGGCAGAGCCUUGGCUGGGCUCUUGUACUGCCCAAGGUGUAUCCUUUAAAGGAUAAGGAUAAAUAAAAGGAU